AUGUCGUCGCCAGUCAACCAAAAACACGACGAGUAUGAUGAGAAACACUCCAACCACACAGCCGAAACGCUCCACGACCCGGCCAAUCUCCAGUCUCACAUGGAUUCGCAAAAGCCCAGUCAUGAAAGGCCUCUAAUGCCCCUCCAUGUGGACUCGCAUAACCACCUCGCACCUCCGACGGAAGGACCCUUUUCUCCCAAUGGCGGCGGCACCCGCGAGCAAGCAAGCCGUCUCACCGACGACCUUGAGCUUCUCCGUGUCGAGCGCCUCAUCUCCAAUCAGGAGAACGAGCUGAAUCGGUCCCGCUCUCGUAGCCGCCAACACCAGCCCGAGCCUGAGGACCUGUUCGCCGGGAAACCAGUAGAGGACGAGAAGGUCGAGCGCCCGCCUCCCGAAAAGAAGGCUGGCAUCUUCGGCUACUGGCUCCUUCGCUGGCUGAAGAAGCUCCCUCGUUGCUUCCGCUACUUUUUCUAUCUGCUACCAGGCGCCACGCUUCUGUUGAUUCCUAUCCUGAUCGGAUAUUUCAGCCCUGGCGACCGGCCUGUUGGCGGUGAUGGAGGUGUCGAGUUGAUGUGGUUUGGCAUCUGGUUAAUGAUCGUAUGGUGCACCAUCUGGGGCGCUCGCAUGAUCACGUCUCUGAUGCCACCCACAUUUGCUGGCAUUGCUACUCUCAUGGGCUCCAACAACGGCAAAAAGUGGAAGGACAUUGGUCGUGUCCUUGAACUUCACACAGCGCUCUUCAUCUGGAUGCUCUCGGUUUUGGUCUCCUUCAAGCCCAUCAAUAACAGCCACCGAGUCCGCCGCACUGGUGACGGUGAUGGCUCAGUCGAAUGGAUCAACACAGUGUACAAGGUCAUCAUCGCCAUAUUCGUCCUAUCUGCCCUCAACUUUAUCGAAAAAAUCAUCAUUCAGUGGAUCGCCACAUCCUUCCACCAGCGCACCUACGCCAAGCGUAUCGAGGACAAUAGAAGCGAUAUUCAUCAUCUCAUUCACCUGUAUGACUACGCUAAAGAGAAGAUCGCUCACGACGAUGCCAUUUGGGAAACAACCGGUGAGGCCAGGGAAGGAUCUGGAAGCCGCACGCCCAUGGCCCAGCUGCACAACAAUGUCCGCCAGGUGUUCAAUAAGGCUGGUGGCCUCGCGAACCGUGUCGGUAACGAUUUCAUCGGCCGUAAAACCGAUCUCAAUCAUUCGAAGAAGAUUGUCUUCGAGCUGUUGCGUACGUCGUCGUCGGCUCACUCUCUCGCUCGGUUGAUCUACCGGUCUUUGCUGAAUCCAAACAACGAGACCAUCUACGAGGAUGACAUGCGAAUUGCCUUCAAGACGGAGGAGGAAGCUGAACACGCCUUUGGCAUUUUCGACAAGGACUUCAACGGCGACAUCAGCAUGGAAGAGAUGGAGUGCGUUUGCAAUGAGAUUCAUCUUGAGCGCAAGGCCAUCGCUGCCUCCCUCAAGGAUUUGGACUCCGUCAUUCAGAAGCUUGACAAGGUCUUUUUCUUCAUCAUUUUCGUCAUCUCCAUCAUUGUCUUUAUCACAAUCCUUUCCGGCUCGGCUGCCGCCGGCCUCGCGUCCGCUGGCUCAGCUGUCCUGGGUCUUGCGUGGAUGCUUCAGGCUACUGCCCAGGAAUUUCUGCAGUCGAUCAUCUUCGUCUUUGUCAAGCACCCAUUCGACGUCGGCGAUCGCAUCACCGUAUACGGUAACACCGGCACGACCCUACAGGGGGAUGAUUACUACGUCACCGAAAUCUCCCUCCUUUACACCGAGUUCAAGAAGAUGGAGGGGCACAUUGUUCAGGCGCCCAACUCCGUUCUCAACACCCUGUUCAUCCUCAACCAGCGCCGCUCCGCCGGUCUCGCAGACCCCGUCGAGCUGCGUCUCGGAUUCGGCACCGACCCCCAGCUCAUCGAGGAUCUCAAGGCUCGCAUGACUGACUACUGCCUGGCCAACAAGCGCGAUUACAAGCCUAGUGUGCUGACCGAAGUUCGCACCCUGAACGAUGUGCAGUCUUUUACCAUGAACUUCAUCUUCUUCCACAAGUCUAAUUUUCAAAACGAACUCUUGCGUCUGCAACGCCACAACAAAUUCGUUGCUCAGCUCAUGGUUGAGAUUCGUGAUCUUGGCCUGCAGGGACCUUGGCAGGUGCAGCCCGGUGGCUCCCGCGAGUUCCCCCUGCACUGGGCUGGUGCCGCUCCACCUCCGUCGUACGAAAACUCCGCGGCCAAAUCCAGCGGCACGUCUGGCCCCGGGGCAGUAUCCGACUCUGCUGCGGCGCCGCCACUGCAGCACUCGACCUCCGUCGCGUCUGGCGCAUCCACCGCCUCUCGUCAAACCUAUACGCCUGCUAUUCGCUCUGUUCCACUGAUUGAAGAAUCUUUCGUUGAUUUCCAGGACGUCUUCGAGAGCCGAAAGGCCGAGCACACCCCCAAGAUUUCGCGGCUGCAGAGUAUUCGUGAGAACAGCAGCAGCAACUUCCGUGACGGGCGAAGCAGCCAGGAUCGUGAUGGUAGCCCCGCACGUACCAGCGGCGCCGCGCGACCCAGCCAAGACUCCACGUCGCGACGUCACAUUUUCACUGGCCGCGCUCGCAGCAGGAGCACGGCCUCGAAGCCGCCGAACGAAAUGGUGUAA